ACUUCAUGCUCAGCACCCAAACUGAUGGUGAGACUAUCCUAAAAGGACUCCUGCCCAUUUUCCAGGCACAGGGAAUGGCAGAGUCCGUGCAUACCUGGCAGGAGCAUGGCUAUUUAGCAACCUAUACCAACAAAAAUGGCAGCUUUGCCAACUUGAGAAUUUAUCCACAUGGAUUGGUGUUGCUGGACCUUCAGAGUUAUGACAGCAAUGCACAGGCCAAAGACGAGAUGGACAGCCUUCUGAACCAAGUAGAAGAAAGAAUGAAAGAACUGAGUCAGAGCAGCUCUGUCCAGGUGAAACGAUUACCAGCCAUAAUUCGAGGAGGGGCCAUUGACAGAUACUGGCCCACUGCUGAUGGGCGCCUGGUUGAGUAUGACAUAGAUGAAGUGGUGUACGAUGAAGAUUCGCCGUAUCAGAACAUUAAGAUUCUACACUCAAAGCAGUUUGGAAAUAUUCUCAUCCUUAGCGGGGACGUUAACUUGGCAGAGAGUGAUUUUGCCUAUACCCAGGCCAUCACAGGAAGUGGCAAGGAAGAUUACAUGGGCAAAGAUGUACUGAUUCUGGGAGGUGGAGAUGGAGGCAUACUGUGGGAGAUAGUCCAACAGCAACCAAGGAUGGUCACCAUGGUAGAGAUCGACCAAAUGGUGAUUGAUGCAUGUAAGAAACACAUGCAGAAAACGUGCGGUAACAUUUUAGACAAUCUUAAAGGAGAGCGCCAUCAGGUUCUCAUAGAGGACUGUAUCCCCGUACUGAGGAGGUACGCCAAAGAAGGGAGAGAGUUUGAUUAUGUGAUGAAUGACCUGACAGCGGUUCCGAUCUCCACAUCUCCAGAAGAAGAUUCCACAUGGGAGUUUCUCAGACUGAUUCUUGACCUGUCAAUGAGAGUACUGAAACAGGAUGGGAAGUACUUUACGCAAGGGAACUGUGUCAAUCUGACAGAAGCCCUGUCACUCUAUGAAGAACAGCUCGGGCGCCUGUAUUGUCCUGUGGAAUUCUCCAAGGAGGUCGUCUGUGUCCCUUCCUACUUGGAAUUGUGGGUAUUUUACACUGUUUGGAAGAAAGCUAAAUUUUGAAGAUGAACCUCCCUAAUCACAUGUACUGUAAACAGUCCUCCUGAUCUCCAUGUUCUGUAUAUGAUCUCUAAGUGAGCCAGGUAAAUUAAUUGUGAAUUCCUUCAAGUUUUCACUUUUUAAUAAUUAUCCUUGACUUGAAAAACAUCAAUGGAAAAUGUGUAUUUUAAUGAGCUAGGAUGUUAAUUUUUUGCAAGUCAGCCGAAGGACAAUUAGCACAGCAAAGACUAAGAUGUGCACUGACCCCCCUAUGUGAUUUUUGUUACUUUUUAUUUCUGUGCGGCCUUUUUGUUGUUUAGUUUGGGCAGAUUUUAAAUUUGGACAUUUAGAGGAAUGAACAUCUUUGUUUUUGUUCUGAAGGGGAGUUCUUCCCUACAAAAUUGACUUAGACAUUAACUAUGGUGCUUAUGAGAGAGUUCAAAAUGAGUAGAAAUGCAUCGAUUAAAAUUAUAAAAGAGACAUUUCACGUGUUCUGUUUGUUUUAUUGUAGCCUGGUCCCUUUUCUCCCUCUGAUGGCCUAAAACAAAGCUAUCUCAUGGAUUACUUUUAGU